UAACACUGUGCACAACGUGCGCCGUCAGCCGCAUUGUCGUCUGGCAAGUGCCUUUCCGUGCGAUUUGUAUUGAAAUUCCUGAUAUAGUGCAGUUUUCCAAAGGUAUUACCGUCGCUUACGAUAUGGCUCCGAAGAAGAACAAGGGAAAAGUUAGUAAGAAAGAGCCGCCAAAGCCAGUGGAAGAUGAUCUAGAGAAAGAUCUCGACGACUUGGACUUGCAAGACGACGGUGACUGCGAGUCACCAAGGCCUGCUAAAAACAAAUUUACCGCACUGGCAAGUGACAGCGAAGAUGAAGAUAGCGAUGGAAGUGAAGAGCAGGAUACGAAAAGCAAGGGUGACAACAAGACCAAAACGGGAAAGAAUGCCAAAACGAAGACUGACAGUGACUCAAAAGACACCGAUCGAGCGGAAGGAAAAAAGCUAACACAUAGGGAGAAGAAACUGAUGAAGAAACAGUCUGAAUUUCAGAAACAGCUCGAAAGCCUGAACAAAGGAAAGACAAGUGAAGAUGGCGGACAGUUUACAGUUUCUCAAGCCGACAAGUCAGCUGCGCAGCAAUUGCAGCUGGAAAAUGCAGUAGAUAUAAAGGUUGAGAAUUUUUCUAUAUCCGCUAGAGGAAAGGAUCUGUUUGUUAAUGCCAGUCUCACCAUCACAGCUGGAAGGCGUUAUGGUCUUGUUGGACCAAAUGGGCACGGUAAAACCACUUUGCUAAAGCACAUAGCAAACCGGUCACUAAACAUUCCACCGAACAUAGAUGUCCUACUUUGCGAGCAAGAGGUCGUUGCUGAUGAGACCCCGGCAAUUGACGUGGUGCUUAAAGCUGACGUGAAGCGGACAAAGCUCAUCGAAGAACAGAAGAAACUAGAAGAAGAUGCUGCAAUUGGAAACCUAAAGAACCAUGAACGCCUCACAGAGGUAUACGAAGAACUACAGGUUAUUGGUGCUGAUGCAGCCGAGGCACGAGCUCGCCGUAUUUUAGCUGGUUUGGGAUUCACCCGUGAGAUGCAAGACAGACCCACCAACCACUUUUCUGGAGGAUGGAGAAUGAGAGUCUCUCUUGCCAGGGCGCUGUUUAUGGAACCGACAUUGUUGUUGUUGGAUGAACCGACAAAUCACUUGGAUUUGAAUGCUGUCAUUUGGCUAGAUAAUUACCUGCAAGUGUGGAAGAAAACACUACUGGUUGUGUCGCACGACCAGAGCUUCCUCGACAACGUGUGCACCGAUGUUGUCCACUUAGAUAAUCAGAAACUUUAUUAUUACAAAGGAAAUUUCAGUCAGUUCAAAAAGAUGUAUGUACAGCGUAGAAAAGAGCUGAUAAAAGAGUAUGAGAAGCAGGAGAAGAAGCUGAAGCAGAUGAAAGCCUCGGGCAUGUCCACAAAAACAGCUACAAAGACCCAGGUUCAGGCGCUGACACGAAAGCAGCAGAAGAACAAGCAAAAACUACAAGGCACCGAAGAGGAGGAAGGCCCAGCUGAGCUCAUUCAAAAACCAAAGGACUAUAUCGUCAAGUUCAAGUUUCCAAGCCCACCACCAUUGAGCCCACCUAUCUUGGGUGUCUACAAUGUUGAUUUUGGGUAUCCCAAUCGGCCACUGCUGUUCAAGGACCUUGACUUUGGUAUAGAUAUGUCAUCUAGAGUGGCCAUCGUCGGACCCAAUGGAGUUGGAAAAAGUACAUUUUUGAAGCUUCUUUGCGGAGACUUAACACCGCUCAAGGGUGAAGCGAGACGGAAUCACAGAUUGAGGAUUGGCCGAUUUGACCAGCACUCGGGAGAACAGCUAAAUCCUGACGAAAGCCCCGUCGAAUAUCUACAACGACUGUUCAACCUAAACUACCAAGAUGCCCGUAAACAGCUGGGAAGUUUUGGUCUCGUGAGCCAUGCCCAUACAAUCAAGAAUCAUGACCUCUCGGGAGGCCAAAAAGCAAGGGUGGCCCUUGCUGAGCUCUGCCUUAGAGCCCCAGAUGUGUUAAUUCUGGAUGAACCAACAAACAACCUUGACAUAGAAUCCAUCGACGCGUUGGCUGACGCUAUUAGAGAUUUCGAGGGUGGUGUGAUUAUUGUGAGCCACGAUGAAAGACUCAUACGAGAGACAAACUGUCAGUUGUGGGUCGUUGAGCAUAAGGGAAUAGAAGAGAUUGACGGAGACUUUGAAGACUACAGGAAAGAACUGCUAGAGUCGCUCGGAGAAGUUGUGAACAACCCAAGUGUUGCAGCUCGUCAAGCUAUGGACUAACGGUACAAAGUUGUACUAGCUGCAUAACAAAAUUUUUUACAAUCACAUUUCAAGAGGUGAACGGUGCAGUUGUCGUGGAUGAAAGGCACAAGCAUUUGUUGUAUGGGAAACUGGGGAAUAAAUUUGCUAUAGAUUGGCGCUUUGAGGUCACUAGCCACCAAAAGAUAAUAUGUGAAGUCAACUGGUUUUUGGAAAUAAAAUGAUUCACAGUA